CUUACAAUAUUUUGCCAGCACGACGAUGAUGAACAGGCCGUGGAAAACCUGCAGGAAUUUACUAGAAAAGUACGCCUUUACUCUAAGUACGCUUUGCGUUAUCUGGUGAUCAUUUCAACUUUCGUUUGCGUCCAACCAAUUCUCUCAAAUUAUGGCGACUACAUUAAUGACAUUGCUUUACCAAUGGUCGAUCUGCAUAAGAGCCCCAUUUACGAAAUUUGCUAUCUGCUACAGGCACUUUGGAUGAUUCCAGUAGGCGUUUGUUCAUAUAAUGCGUAUGUAAAUUCAUUUUUGAUCUCCAUGUCGUUUGGUACUUCCAUGAUGAAAGAUCUUCAGCAGAAAUUGGAAAAUUUAUCCGAAAUGGAUGAUGUAGAUGCCUUAAGGAAUAUCAAGGAAUGCAUUAAACGUCAUAUAAAAAUCAUCAUGUUUCGUGAUGACUUGGAAGAGCUCUAUUCGGCCAUGUCCUUGAUUGAUGUUAUGUUAUACUGCAUAGUACUAGCAACGAUGCUUGUAUAUUCAUCUAUGGACUAUGAUGGUGCACUCGUUUUUAAAGGUCUACAAUUGUUGCUCGUUCAAACAUCGUUGAUGUACCUAACCUUUCACUUUAGUAACGCUUUCUCGAACGAGAGUUUAAAUAUAGCCAACGCAGCAUAUAAUACCAAUUGGAUGCAACGCAGCACAGAGUUUCGCAAAUGCAUUGUGCUGAUAAUAGCCAGAAGUCAAAGGCCCUUGCAGCUUACAGCUGGUGGCUUAAAACCAUUGACUUUGGAGGCUUUUGUCGGAAUAAUGCGCGCUUCAUAUUCGCUAUUCUCGGUACUACAGGGCACAAUGUGAGUUGCAUAUGUACAUAUGUAUGUAUGUACAACAUCGUAAGUAAAAAUAACAGCGAUGAUUACCGAGGACGUUGCAAUUGUGGGAGGCGCGACAUGCAUACUGAAUGACUAGGGCUCGGAAUCUCAUGCAAAUGCAUGUUUUUAUUGGACAUCCUUAAAUGGAAACUAUUAAGUUAUCUUUACGAAUCA